GAGCAGAUGCAAUGGGCUACAGCCAAGCCGGUGGCUCCGAGCACCAUCGAAGAGACAACGGCGAACCUGGACGUGGCCUUUCGCUCUGGAUCGAUCCUCUGUUCCGGGGAGAAGGAUGAGACGGCAGCUCUUGGCACAACGCUCAUCGUCAACCCAACCAGCUUCGAUGGGAGGAACUCCAUGACUCUGCCCUUGACGGAGGCUGAGAUCAAGAACCAAGGAUGGCAUCGAGGCUCCUGCUUUGACGGCAUGGGCUGGCAUUGGUUCCUGGACACCUCCAAGCGUGAUGGUACUAUGUCUUGGAUGGCUAAGAAUCUGUUCCCGGUCGUCACCAUGUACCACGAAGGAGAAAUCAACGCCAUCUUCUUUGCAGCCCACUUGUCCCAGAUCUCCCUCCCUUUCAUCAAAUCCAAUGAGUGGGAGCCCUCGAGCUUGUCGAACGAGAACAUGUGCAAGAACACCUGCGAUGCCGAUUGCGACUUCGCGGGCGUGAUCGACUCUUGGUCAACGGCACACAUCUACUUCCGAAACCACAAGGAAGUGAGCUGCCCCGCCGAUUUGAAGUGCGCUAUCAAAUUCCCUGUGACAGCAAGCUGCUGCGAAGUCUCCCGGGCUGAGGUGGUCGUCUAG